AUGGGAAACAGUGUUUCAGAUGCUGUGAUCAAGGGAAUAUUGAAGAUAUGGUAUUUUAAUAUAAUUCUAUAUAAUCCAUGUUAUUAUAGAUGCAUCUCUUUCUAUAUCAACUGUAAGUCAUAUUGUGCAAAUGCAAUAAACUUCGAAAUUUGCAACUUCUGCUCUAAUUUCAGAAAUUCGCAUAUUCUUCCUAGGGAGUUUAUUGAAUCAUUUAGUUGCAUGGUUUACUCGCAUCAAAUGUCAAAUCCAAAAUUGAAUUGCGAGUACAUCAUAUUAAGCAUAUUACAGCAAAUGGAACGAGAGAUCUUACAACUAACAAAUUUGCAAUAUUAUUUCUUCAUCAGAUCCUCAUUCCUACUCCAGCGCUUGCAAUAUAUAAUAUAA